AUGGACUCGGCAAAGUUGGGCCGCGCCGAGCAGAGUUCCACUCUGCGGUCGACAUUCUACCAGACGAGGGUUCUAUGGGACAUAUUCUUCUCGACAAGACUAUUGAACACCAAGCUUUUGAGAAACGGCUUCAGAACGCAGAAGCUGCUUGCAGCUUUGCACAAGCACUGUGUCAUGAGCAAGGGGGGUCUGCUAGGAUCUACAUACCAAGGCGAAUGA